AAUGCUAUGGGGUGAGCUGUGAUGGUACAAAAACUAAGGUUUAUUAGGAUAUCUGGGUUUUUGUUUUGGAACCUGCGUUUAGUGUUUUGUGUUUUCUCUCUUCCUCUCUCCCUUUCGAGGUGAUCCCUGAAUGUUAUAAACCCACGACCUACAUACUCAAGAAAAUCUCUCACGCAUGUCUUCAAAGGGAAAAAUGGAGCUACUAGCCAUUGUAACACUCUGUAUCCUCUCCCUUUUGGUUACACCCUGCGCUUCUCAUCAAACUCAAGUGCCUUCGUCUCUUGAGCAAGUUCAUGAUCUGGGUAUUUCUCUUACCAACUUGCCAAGGAAGCUGAGAACAGUUGAGAAACCGUCCAUUGUUAAAAGAUGCAAGACUGAGGUCCCAAAACCAGAAGAACCAGAAGCUAACAACAAAGAUUUUUCGGGUAUGACACACAGUCAAGUGAUGCUAAAUGGCAAAGAAGGGACAAGACAGAUAUGGAUGGAGAGGAAGGACAUGUGGCAAUUUUUCACGAUGGAUUAUAGCCACGUAAGACGUAGACAACCAGUACAUAACAAGUCUCUGCCAACUAAACCCUGAAAACUGGAGCCUCUGAUUCUGGUAACCCAGCAGCAACCUUUUUUUUGUUUGUGGGAAGUGGGAACUACGUAGCGUAAAAGGAAUACGGGAAAUGCUGUUCGUAAUUAGGGAAUUGAGGAAAGUGUCAUCUUCCAUCCAUGUUAUGGCCGACAUUAGGGACCAAAACCCUAAAAGGCUAAAACGUUUUGUUAUAAUCAAUGUUAAGGACGGCACUACCCA